AUGCGAGUUCGAAUCCGACCAGGAAUAUUUGGAAUAUAUCCUCCACGGCACGAUGGUCCUUCCAGCUCCAGUGGGUUACUAGGCGUACCUGCCAUAUUUAAGAGAGACAAUGCCACAGAAGGAACUAAGGAACAGGAGGCAGGAGGGAUGGACAGAGGCAUCAAGGCGGCUCUGCAAGAUGGUUUAGUUAUGGAGGUUCCUCGGAAGAGCAUGGGAAACUACCUAGGUAUCAGUAAGGGUAACGUGAAGACAACCAAGAAUGAGCCAGAAAGCACGGGCACAGGAUAUGCAGACCGUCCUAUAUACCGUCCAUCGACGGAGUUUCCAGAGAUACCCAUGGCCACGGUUCUUUUACGGAAGAGAAAGGUGACGGCCGAGACCAAAAAUCCAAAAAUUUACAGAGAAAUAGAGAGCCUCCAGAGACCUUACGGGCAGAAGGAGCCAGAGAUCAGGGCUAUAUCCCAGGAGACCGGCGUGUCCAGAGUGAAAGAGUGGCAGGCUGAGGAUCGAGGGAGGUCAAAGGGAGGUCAAAAGGCAGUCGUCAUCGACUCUUAA